UCUGAUGCCGUUCAGCCUGGUGAUUCUGUGUGUUGCUGCUGUCUGCAGCUCAGCAACCUGCCAGCAGAAAUAGGAGAACUGAAGAGACUCCGGGUUCUGUUCAUCUACAGGAACAGACUGACUGAGGUUCCUGAAGAGCUGGGAUCCUGCACACAGCUGGAGGUUCUGAGUCUAGCCAACAACCACAUUUCAUCGCUGCCAUCUUCUCUCUCCAACCUGAGCAGACUCAGGAAGCUCAACCUCAGUCACAACCUAAUAGCUCAUGUUCCAGGCUGUGUCUACAGCAUGAAGGCCCUGGUGUUUCUGGAUCUGUCCUGUAAUCAUCUGGAGAACCUGGCAGAGAACAUUCAGGCUCUGGUGGAGCUCAAGAUCCUCAUCAUGGAGGGAAACAUCCUACAUUCUCUGCCCAGAGGUCUCUGCUUCCUCACAGGGCUGGAGCUGCUGAAUCUGGACUUCAACGACAUAAAAGACGUUCCUCAGGAGAUGCACCGGCUGUCCCGCCUGGAGAAGCUCGCCUGCCAUCCGCUGGAUAAAGGACUCCACAUCAUCCACAACCCACUGCUGAAACCUCUGAAGGAGGUUAUGGAGGGGGGGCUGAGCGCCCUCUUUAGCUACCUGAAAGCCGGUGGUGAAUAGGAUGGGGACAAUUCUACCUGGGAUCAAAUGGGGGGGUCUGUCACUGAAUGACUUGUCUCAGAACCAUGAUUAUUCCUUUCAGCAACAGUUUUGCAGAUCACAGUUGAACGUUAUUACCUCCAUGAAUGAUAAAACCUGUUAAACUACAUCCUGUAAAAUGUUUAUAAUAUAUUGCAAAUAAAAUGCCAGCUGUAUCGUUAUUAAAGGUAUAGUAGUUCUGGAUAUUCAGCUAAACUUGUUAACUUCUAAAGACCGUUUGCUGCACCUUUCAGACAUAAUGAAAGUACAGGGGGAUGUGAGAGUAUAUUUUUCCGUAUCCUGUUUGUAAUGUGUUCAAAGAGUGCCCUUUCUCUGUCUAAAUAUGGGUGAUUAUUAAGAAGCCUUGUUCCAGUCUCUGCUGGAAUGUAGGACGUUGUAGCAGGGGCGCUAACCCUAAACCCUCUCUACUCUAGACAAAGAUUAAAAUGUCCUUACUGUGUUCAAGGUUCUCACAUCCCCUUUCUGGUGUGAGCGGAAAACAGUCGUCUGAAAUGUUUGUCUGGCUAAAUUUAUGUCUUUGAUUAAUUUAGUUGUUUUCCUGCUUUUGUUUAAGUGUUUGAGAAAGUGAGUGUUUUGGUAUAAAUGUCUGUGCUUAGGAUGGUUAAGUCAGAGCUUUUAUGUACUCUUUGUCCAAAGGACGUUAAAUAAAAGUGAAUAUUAUGCAAGAAA